AUGGAUCCGUCCAGAUACCCAACAUUUCCAAAUUUUCAGCACCAGCCUGAGUACACCAAUGCCGGCGACAUGUCCGGUCCAAGCGGAGCCUGGCCCGGAUACUAUCCCGCUCCCGGAGCCCCACCUAUGGCGUGGGACUUCGACCCCCAAGGCCAACUCGGCCCAAUGCAACGGGAGCCCAUCUCGAAAGAAAAAUGGGACCAAAUCAAAAGCGUCAUAUACGAAAUAUACAUCAUCGAGAGCCAGCCCCUCAAAAGGCUCGAAGAAGUUAUGAAAACGAGAUUUUUAUUCCAAGCGUCGGACAAGAUGUACAGGUCGCAGUUUAAGAGAUGGAAGCCCGCUUUCGACAAAAACGAGACGAAGAACAAUGGCGGAGCCAUCCCGAACGAACCGCGGCGAGCUCCCCGCAAAAGACAAAAGGUAACGCGAGGAGGGACAGUAUCGGAUGAAGAAAGAAUGGCGUACAUCGUGAAAAUUUUGGUCUACCAGGUUUUUCUCGAUGGUUCGCCGGCUUGGUGCGAGACCAUUUCUGCUUUUGGACGCGCAGGGAUGCAGACUCGCUUCAACUAUGCCCUCCAGCAGGUUUUCAACGACUUUGGAAGGGCCGCGGUGGAUAAAGAUCCAGGAUUCCUCGUUUAUUUCUGGAGGAUUGCCUUUACUCUCCGCGAUAUUCGCCUCCGAGGUGCGCAGCGGAAGAAGAAGAACGAGUUCCCCUUCCUCGGCAUGUUCCUGAGGUAUUUGAGCCUUGCGUUCCAGAGACGUUCCAGGGACCACCCUUUCCUUGAAUUUGCAGCAUGGCUAGAUGCGAGUUUUGCCACGUCGCCUCGGGACUUUAAAGACGUCAUGAGAUGGGUUUAUUCUCAUGUCAUAGUUUGCUUCAAGGAAAUGAUGGGUAAUAACCAUCCGAUAAUACUCUCCAUGGUGUCGCACCAGGCUGGGAUUUGGCAGAGGAAGAUAGACUAUCGCCCAUCGUCCAUCCGUACGCAGUACGAGACGCUCCGGUCACGGCUGGUCCAAGCCUAUGAACAUACGGGAGAGGAAGCCUAUAGCCGCAGUGGCGAUCAUCGAGUUUCAAUCCUUCUCGACUAUCUACUCGCGAUGAUGGUAGGCAACCUUAAAGAGAACAGGCAGCAAAUUAAGGAGCUAGCCAUCGAACUUCGGGACUGCACUGUCACUCACUGCAAACUGUUCGCAAUGUUGGAUCUAAAAUUCGACAUCCAAACCCGGGCCUUUACCGUUUCCACGGAUUGGCUAGCAAACCACAUGAUGGAGGACGGAAAACGUGAGUUGGCUUUCAAUCACCUGAACGAGGCCAUCGAUAUCCUGUGGAAAGGCGAUGUCGAGUGCCGGAUGUGGGCGGGUGUGUUUUCGAGGCGCCUGGGCCUAUGGUUAAAGCUUCGGCGGAACCUCAAAAGUGACAAUGAAAAUCAAAAAAGCCAGCGAGGCCUGAUAGUCGAGGGCGACAAGGGUAAACGUACCCACAGAGAAGAAAGUCAAGUGGAAAAGGAGCGGAAAACUAUCCGGGACAAGGCCUACAGGGAGGAGAAGCUCAGAUACAGGGAAAUCAAGUUGAAGAUACCCGAGGGGCCGCUAAUAGCAUCCGAACCCAAGGGUCCACGGCGGGGUAAGGAGCGAAUCAAGCGCAUACGCGAGAGGACUCUGGAAGAGCAGAAGGCUCUUAUCGACUGCGUGUCGAAGAAUACAGUUGGUGUAAUUGGGGCUGCGGUACAGUCACGACAGCUACUCGGCGAUACGAGCGAGAUUUGA